AUGGUCUAUCUUACAAUAUGUGUCUCGGGCGCUGCAUGGAUCGCCGAGUUCGACAAUGGCUUCGCCGGUAUCGCCCUAGUCAUGCCCGCAUUUCAAAAAGCAUUUGGCCACUGUGAACAAGUUCGUGACCCGACCGGAGCGAUGAUCGAACAAUGCGUCUUGACAACACUCCAACAAUCCCUUAUCAGUGUAAGUAUAUUAUUCAUGGCGGUCGGGUGUGCGCUGGCAGGAUUCUUCGGCUCAGUCUUCGGCCGGCGAGCCACCAUACAGAUCGCCUGUCUAUUCUGUAUCGUCGGUGCAGCCGGGAUGCUGGGUACAUCAGGGAGUUUCCUGAAUUAUAUGGUUUGUAAAUGCAUCAAUGGAGUCGGAAUUGGUCAGCUCCUGGCAUCAAGCAUCAUUUACGGUUCUGAGUGCGUUGUCGCAAGCAAACGGGGCCUUCUGAUGGGUAUCUAUAACAUUGGACUUGCGCUGGGGAAUGUAACUGCAGCGGGUGUAUGUGCAGGAUCAGCAACUUUAUCACCAAAGAAUGAUUGGCAGUGGAAAACUCCAAUUAUCUGCCAGAUUCCACUAGGCGUUAUCCUCGGCCUGGGCGUGAUGCUAUUCCCCGAAUCGCCGCGGUGGUUAUUACUGAAGGGAAAAGAUGAGCAAGCGCGGAAAUCGUUUGCUGAAUUCCAGAGCUUGGAUGCGGAUUCAGCUGCUAUCAGAGACCAAGUGGAGGAUGUGCAGAGACAUCUCGAUUUCGAAAGAACCUUGGACGCCAGUACAUCCUGGACCGAGAUCUAUACUAGCGUCAACCUUCGCCGAACCGCCGUUUCAGCACUCAUCCUUGUCGCGCUCGCUAUCACCGGCAUCCAAUUUGUGGGCCCCUUCGCAGCACUCUUCCUCAGUGACCUUGGACUCAAAAAUCCGUAUCUUGUCAACGCGAUUGUUGGAUUAUGCAUUUUCGGCGGUGCCUUCAUCGGCCCACUGGUGCUAGAUUACGGCGGACGACGAUUCGCCAUGAUUUACGGAUAUUCAGCGAUGGCAGCCUGCAUGCUCAUUUUAUCUGCCAUUAGCACCGCACUGGGACAACAUAAUCCGAUAUCGCAGACCGUGGUGGUUGUCUUCCUCUGCAUCUGGGCGUUCGUCUUCGGCGGAUUCAUCGGUCCGAGUGUAUGGCUUGCUUCGGCUGAGAUGCACAGUGUGCGAAUGCGAACGUACGGGCAAGCCAAUACGACGUUCUUCUACGAAAUCUUCAGUUUCGGAGCCACAUUCUGGACGCCUUAUAUGUUGAAUGCCCAGUAUGGGAAUAUGGGGUCCGAUGUUGGAUACUUCUACUUCGGGGUUACGAUUGCGGUCCUGAUUUUGGUGUUUCUGUUUGUGCCGGAGACCUCAAGAUUGACACUUGAGCAAAUUGACGAUAUAUUUCAGUCUGGAAGGAGAGCUUGGAAGACUUCGACAAAAAGGAACAUUGCUAUCUCUCGUAGUGGUUUGCUCGAGACGGCGAAGUCUGAACAUGAGGUAUUUGAGAUUGAAAAGGUUCGAACUGUAUCUACAAGCCCUACAAGCCAGUGA